CACUCUCAGAUAAUCUUGAUGAUGAUCUUAUAAUAAUUAAGUCAUAAUUGACUAUUAGUUUUAGAGAAUCAUCUUUUGAGUCGAUUCCGAAUCCCACUGGGUUCAGUCCGGAAGCAAAUCGACAGGUUCUAUUCACACUGCGUCGGAAAGAUAUAUUCAUAAACAUAUUAAUUGAUCUCUCAGCAGGUUAUCGAAUAACGACUUCUCGCAAUCUUAUCUUUAAAAAAAAAGACAUCCGAACAUGUGUUCAGUUUAGUAUGUUCAAUUGAGUCGGCUAUAUGCACUUGUAUGAACAAAAAAAAAACGAUAAAUGAAUGCUUAGCAAAUAGAUCAAAAACAAAUCUAGAACGGGACAGAUUUUAUUUUAUUUACUUGAGCUAGAAUAAUUUUUUUUUUAGAUAUGUAAUCAAGCAUUACAAAUGCAUGGUGGUUAUGGAUAUAUAAAAUCAACAUCCGUUCAACAAUAUAUGCGUGAUUGUCGUGUUCAUCAAAUUCUUGAAGGCACAAAUGAAGUGAUGCGUUUAAUAAUUUCUCGAGAUGCAUUAAAACGAUAUGGAUAA